AUGUCCGCGUACAAGGAUUUCGAGAAGCCCAACGAGGCCUACGUCGCCAACUUCGGCGACAAGGGCAACUUGCCCCUCCCGCCUUCCAAGAAGCUCCUGAUCGGUACCGUGUACGCUGAGCUCGGCAUCCAGGAGGGCGAGGCCCACAUCGUCCGCAACGCCGGCGGCUCUGCGAAAGAAGCCCUCCGGUCGAUCAUCAUCUCGCAGCGCCUCCUCGGCACGCGCGAGAUCGCCGUCUUCCACCACACCGGCUGCGGGAUGCUCACGUUCAGCACGCCGCAGCUGCGCGCGCUCGUGAAGGAGUCCGACCCCGCCAACGACGCGCUCAAGGCGGUCGACGCCAUCGACUUCCUCGAGUUCCAGGGCCUCGAGGAGAGCGUGAAGGUGGACGUGAAGUUCCUCGAGGAGAACCCGCUCGUCCUGCCAGGCACGAAGAUCACGGGGUGGGUGUAUGAGGUCGAGACGGGCAAGGCAGAAGAAGAGAUUUGCUGCGUUCAUAUAUGA